AUGGCACCAACGACAGCGGAAGUCGAGAAAGCAGAUCGGCUGAGGCUGGAGGGUAAUGAGUUGUAUAAAGAGAAUAAGUUGCUUAAAGCCAUCCAAAAGUAUCGCGAAUCCGCGAAACUGGUACCCAACGACGCCGUUCCGCUCGGUAAUCUCUCAGCAGCCUACUACGAGAUCAUGGAUAAAGAUAUGCCAACUCAGCCGGACUUUCCAAAUGGCUUGCUGGAGUACCUCACUCCAAUAUUCAUCGAUACCGCAAAAGCCAUGAAGAAACUUAAAGGCAGGUUCCAGAUUGAGGCAAUGGUUGGCGAUGCCCUUGAUCUCUGUGAGAGCCUUCGUUUUAUAUUAUACCAUGAUGCUGCAGACCCUAGCGCUACUGCCGCUAUCGGUACCCGCCCCAAAGAGUUCCCAGUCUUGUUUGACAGAGUUCACUUGAGCAAUAUUCCGGAUUAUAUGUGUGGCAAUCUCUCAGCUUGUCUGUUCGUUCCACCACUACCUAAAAGUAUAUCGUCGAGCCAUUGGCAGCAAUGUUGUCUGCGAAAGGGAAACUUAUUCGAUAGUUACGAGACAUAUCUGGCCGAGUACCAACGCAUCACCGACCCCACAAUGCUCAAGCAGCUUACUCAGGUGAAGAUGAUAUCCGAAUUCGACGAUUAUCAGCCUAUGGUAGAAUAUCUGACGUAUAAGGUUGCUGAUAUCUUACCUAUGAGCCACGGAAAGCUUCUUCCCAAGGCACCAUUUUUCAGAUGGUUCUAUGCCCUCUUCUUUCGACUGGCCCUGCCAUUUGAAUAUGAUGGUUCAGGGGUGAAUCUAAUCAUCUACACUCCUUUGAAUCUCACAGUACUCUUCCACCUCCUAGCUCACUUGAAGACUCUUGGCUACCCCGCACACUGUCUUUCAGAUGUCCUCCUCGCGAUCAUCGAGAACAAAGUCGUCACUACCAGCCGAUCCCCACGAAGUUCUCCAGCACUUCCGGAAGACGUUGAAUACGACAAUCCUGAACGAAAGCUCUCCACUGCUCCUUUCUCCUAUGAAAUGAAAACUUUGGCAGUGAUGUUUCAAAAUCAGCACCUCCAUUCUCAUUGCCAUCGCUCUCCCUACUUCCUGAAGGCAUUCACAGAUACACAUUCUCCUUGCCUCACGAUGGAGCAUACGUCUUCAAUCAUACCACCGCGACCUUAGGUCUAACCUUCUUCAAGACCUCUGCUCUCGAUGCACUUCGAAAAGGCAGUAUUCAGACCAUGCGAACAUUUGCUACCUCAUCUACUCGUGACCUCCUUGAUACGAGUGUCGAUGAAUAUACUAGGGCAAACUACGAAGACCCAGC